GACCGGUUGGUGAGCGGCCGCAACGGCUAAUCGUUCGAGCCGAUGGAACCGACCUAUUGGUUGUUUACUUCUGGCAAAAAAAAAUAAAAAAUAAAAAACUGGAUGGAUGUCGAGUGUUGUCUCCGCCGUCGUUGCCUACCUUGUCGUCACCGUUUCUAGAAAGAAAGAGGAGAAAUAAUAUAUGGUGAAGGAUUAGAACAACGGUGUUGUAGGUGGUCAUGGGAGUGGGCAUAUCAUGCAACAAGUCGAUGUUGGUGCGCUGAGGAGGAUGGCGGGGUUGAACUUUUGAAGUGAGUGACGACGGUGUGGGGAGACAGAUCAGCGACGAAGAGAGUGAAGGAGAAAGAGAGGUGAAAGAGGGGAAUGAGAAGGAAAUCAGAGGGAGAGAGGUGAUGAGCGGCGCACAAGGGUGGUUGUGGGGAUUCGGGUUUUCUUAGUUGUUAUUGUAAAAUUACCAAGUAGUACCUGCAAAGUAAAUUUUAUUUUAGUCAUUGAAUUGUUAAGUUACUACCUUAUGUAUCUUGUACUUAUUAUAUUAUAUCAUUGUUUAUAACCUAUCGGUUCUCAAACGGUUUUUUAACGGCUCAAUAUCGGUUGGACCACUAAAAUGCGAGCCGUUCACAUUAUCGGGUCAUGCUCCGGUUCAGUUUUGACAACAUUGAUAAUAAGUGUUUGAGAAUAUGUACUAUCAAUGGACGGACGAAAAACAAAACCUCCUACCGAAAUCUAAAUUGUUAAAAAACUGUUGAAUCACAAAAAAAUCAUAAUUCCAUAACAAAAUAUCAUACUACUAAAUUUUCCGGUACAACUUUCAUUAUUUGAAUUCGGAAAUUCAACAAGAUCUGAAAUUUGGAUACCAGGUUUAUAUUUUUGGCGGGUUAAUUGCACGGUUGGUCACUGAGAUUACAAAAAGCGUUCAUGUUUGGUCACUCGAAAUAUUUAAAUCCAUUUGUGGUCCCUAACUUUACAAAAACCGUUCAUUUAUGGUCACUCUCCGUUAGCUGCCGUCCAACGCCGUUAACGGCGUCCAUUAAGUGAUGAUGUGGCUGACGGAUUCGCCUAAUCAACACUUUUUAACCCGAAAAUUGACUGACCUGACCUGCCACGUCAUUUAAACCCGCCAUAUCAGCUAAACCUAACCAAACCUCUAACCAAACCAGACUAGACCCGACAUGACCCAACCCACCAACCCAUCUAUCUUAUUUAUGUCGUUUUCUGACCACAAGAAUCCUAUCAUCUUCCCAAAACCUUCACAUCUCUGUUUUCUUCUCAUCCCCUUCUCCUCUGCUAAUGGCGACAACUUUCUGUAACCUCUAACCAAACCAGACUAGACCCGACAUGACCCAACCCACCAACCCAUCUAUCUUAUUUAUGUCGUUUUCUGACCACAAGAAUCCUAUCAUCUUCCCAAAACCUUCACAUCUCUGUUUUCUUCUCAUCCCCUUCUCCUCUGCUAAUGGCGACAACUUUCUGUCGUUGUGGAUUGACAUCAGAUCUCAAGACGAGUUGGACAGAGGCGAAUCCAGGGAGGAGGUUCUACGGGUGCAGCAAGUCCCCGUUUGAAUGCAAUCUCCUCCUCUGUUUCAACUCCAUCCCCUCUUUUCCCCCUUUCCAUUAGCUUCUUCCAUCACCAGCUAUGCAAGCUCUCCAAGGUCACAACAAUUACAAUCACACAUUCCCCACCGAUUUAACCAAAAUCGGGACCUCCCUCUCCCAUCUCAUACUAAUGGGUGGCGCGGGCUCCAACACUCUCGAUUUCGUCUUCGCCUUCUGCAGCCACAACACAUCACCGGCGGCGGCGGCCAAAUUAGAGCCUCUCGGUUCCUACGUCUACCUCCACCAGCGAGACCUCCUCCGAAAAUUCAGCGAGCAGAACAGACCCACCACCGAGGAGCUGCCCGACAUUCGCUCCGGCGACGGCGAAGAAGUUGUACAGAUGAGUGAGGCAGAGGCACUGGGGAAAUGGGUAGCAGAGAUUCGGCUCCCGCUGAACAGGAUGCGAGUCUGGCUCGGCAUGUACGAGACCCCUAAAGCCGCCGCCUACGCUUACGAUCGCGACGCCUACAAGCUCAGAGUUGGAGAGGAAGAAAAACGGGAGGGUGGAAGGCGGCGUGGGAUGGAGGCGGAUUGAUUUGUCUUCGAUUAGGGUUUUAGUCAAAGGUGGGUAGAUUAGUUGGUGGGUCGGGUCGGGUCUGUUUUAGUUAGUGGGUCUGGUUUGGUCUGGUUUGGUUAGAAGUUUGGUUAGGUUUAGCUGACAUGGCGGGUUUAAUGACGUGGCGGGUCGGGUUAGUCAAUUUUCGAGUAAAAAAGUGCUGAUUAGGCGAAUCCGUCAGCCACGUCAUCACUUAACGGACGUCGUUUAUCGGCGUUGGACGACAGCUAACGGAGAGUGACCAUAAAUGAACGAUUUUUGUAAAG